GACCACAAAUCCAGUGAACCGAAAUUACAAAAGAAAAAGAGGAGCGAUAGGGACUUGGCAAUUUACACUAGCAGAUUGGUGAAUGGACUAAUUCUGUAAUCAGUCUGCUAUUUCCUAUUUUUCUGGUUCCAAGUUCUAACAUAUAUACACUUCAAGGUGUUGAGCAGUGAUUCAAUUAUCUAAAUGGCCGGAAGACAUUACAGUGCUGCUUCUGGAACCUUCAAACCCAGAUCUCCGGUACUACUUUUCCUCCUCGCAUUUCUCGCUCUCACUCUUCUCUUCUACAUCUUCUCCUCUUCUUCCCCGUCCCGCUAUUCCUCCCGAAACCCUAACUCCGAGAUCGAUUACUCCUUUGUAGCUUCGCUCGAGAAAUUUCUAACCAAAUCUCCGCUAUCCCCGACGGCCGGUGACGAUACUGUUUCAGGAACAACGUCAGUUGAGGAUGCUAAGAACCUGGACGAAUCCGCUUGGAAAAAUGAGAAUCAAAGGCUUUAUGAUGAGCCGUUUUACCCUGCUUUUUCGCCUCUCAAAGUAUACGUAUACGAAAUGCCAUCGAAAUUCACUUACGACUUACUCUGGUUGUUUCAUAAUACGUAUAGAGAGACUUCGAAUCUCACCUCUAAUGGCAGUCCUGUUCACCGCUUGAUUGAACAGCAUUCAAUUGAUUACUGGUUAUGGGCCGACUUAAUAGCAGCAGAAUCAGAGAGGCUAUUGAAGAAUGUUGUUAGAGUACAUAAGCAAGAGGAAGCUGACCUGUUCUACAUUCCGUUUUUCACUACCAUUAGCUUCUUCUUGAUGGAGAAGCAGCAAUGCAAGGCUCUUUAUAGGGAAGCUUUGAAAUGGGUUAUGGAUCAACCAGCUUGGAAUAGAUCUGAGGGAAGAGAUCACAUACUUCCAGUUCAUCAUCCUUGGUCUUUCAAAUCUGUCCGCAAGUUUAUGAAGAAAGCUAUUUGGUUGCUCCCAGAUAUGGACUCAACAGGGAACUGGUACAAGCCUGGGCAAGUUUAUCUCGAGAAAGACCUGAUACUUCCUUAUGUUGCCAAUGUCGAUCUAUGUGAUGCAAAAUGUUUAUCUGCAUCAAAGAGAUCUAUGCUGCUAUUUUUCCGGGGGAGACUUAAAAGAAAUGCUGGUGGGAAGAUACGUUCCAAACUUGUGGAAGAGCUCCAUGGUACAGAUGGAGUACUCAUUGAGGAGGGGACUGCUGGAGAAGGAGGAAAAGCAGCAGCACAGAGUGGCAUGCGCAAGAGUAUAUUUUGCCUAAGUCCAGCUGGUGACACCCCAUCAUCAGCGAGAUUGUUUGAUGCAAUUGUCAGUGGCUGCAUUCCUAUCAUAGUUAGCGAUGAACUAGAGCUUCCUUUUGAGGGGAUUCUUGAUUAUCGGAAGAUUGCUCUGUUCGUCUCUUCUAGUGAUGCUUUGCAACCAGGAUGGCUUCUCUCAUUUCUAAAAAGUGUUAGUGCAGCUCAAAUCAAAGAUAUGCAAGUGAACUUAGCUAAGUACGCAAGGCAUUUUGUUUAUUCUCAUCCAGCUCAGCCGCUAGGUCCUGAAGAUUUAGUCUGGAGAAUGGCUAUUAUUUAGUAUUUUCUUCUUCUUUUUUGGUUGGUUGGAGGGGGGUCUUCAUCUAUUUUGACUAUGCCAUCUGCGAGUUGCAGUAUGAAAGGUAAUAGAGUCCUGAAUUUUGCUUUCCUUCAUUUUCUGGUGAUUCACCAGAUGGCAGGUAAGCUGGUCAACAUCAAGCUUCACACUAGAAGGUCACAGCGGGCGGUGAAAGGAUCCAGAAGCGUGUGCACUUGUGAGUGCCGCCAUCCCAAUGUUACAAGCCCAGGUCCAUUGUCUUGAUUGUAGAUCACAGAUGUUUCUUUUUGUUUUCCUCGUAUAUUAUUUUGCACUUCAACAUUUGAUGUAGUUCUAAGAGACUUAGCAAUAUGUGAUUCUGAUUUAUUAUUUGUGUCAAAUGUUUGCCCAAAGAAUAUUAUGAUAGCUUGAUUUAGAAACUCAAUAUCAUGCAAUAUGUAUACACUCCUUUAGUGGAUUUCUGAAGAAUUCUCCA